AUAUGAUUGUGCGACAGUGGUUCAGUCCGAGGAUUUUUAGCUGGAUAAGCUAUAUCGGGAAUCACCUGUGGUUGCAGUCAGAAUUGUAGCAUUAGAUAACUUACUCUAUUACUCCAUGGCUUUGUUUUUCUGACUGGCAGAGAAAAAGGAUGGGCAGAUUGGCAGAGAAAAAAGGUCGUGGUCAGGUUCUAGAGUCAUAGGUAAAGUUUGAACAUCAACCACCAUUCAAUGAUUAGCAGACGAGCCCACUUUUUAGGGGAAGUUUUUAAUAUUCAGUUGAUUCAAUGUUGUAUUCUUUGUCAAUUUAUAUAUUUUCAAGUGCUACAUUCAAUGAUAAUUCAGUUUUGUCAUCAGUUCAUCAGUUGUCCCAGUGGUCAGACACAGAUGAUGUAUAUGGGAUCAGCGAGCUGUAAUUAUUUAACCUUCAAAUUUUCGUCCCAUCUCUCCCUAUUAUUUCAUUAUUUUCGAUGUGCUGUAACAUUUUCAUGGACAUAAACAAGAAUUAAGCUUUGGUUUCGGUGUAUAUGACAGCUUGUGCACUACGUAGCCCUUUUGCACUGUUUCGGUUGGUUUGGCACUGGAAGACCUUCAGAAAUAUUUCAA